AUGAUGGACAAAAAGCGGAAUAUCCGUAAUAUGUCCGUCAUAGCUCACGUAGAUCAUGGAAAGUCGACACUUACGGAUUCCCUGGUUUCCAAAGCUGGUAUCAUUGCCAGUGCGAAGGCAGGUGAAACACGUUUUACUGACACUAGAAAAGAUGAACAAGAACGUUGUAUUACCAUUAAAUCAACAGCUAUUUCUAUGUUUUUUGAACUUCAAGAUAAGGAUUUGGUAUUUAUUACAAAUCCAGAUCAAAGAGACAAGGGAGAGAAAGGGUUUUUAAUUAAUCUUAUUGAUUCACCUGGGCAUGUUGAUUUUUCAAGUGAAGUAACAGCUGCUCUUAGAGUAACUGAUGGAGCCCUUGUUGUUGUUGACUGUGUCUCUGGGGUAUGUGUUCAAACUGAAACUGUACUUCGUCAAGCCAUUGCUGAAAGAAUUAAGCCUGUUUUGUUUAUGAACAAAAUGGAUCGAGCUUUGUUGGAACUACAGUUGGAAGCUGAAGAACUUUAUCAAACAUUUCAAAGAAUUGUAGAAAAUGUGAAUGUUAUUAUUGCUACCUACAGUGAUGAUUCAGGGCCAAUGGGUGAAAUUAGAGUAGAUCCUAGCAAGGGAAGUGUCGGAUUUGGUUCAGGUUUACACGGAUGGGCUUUCACCUUGAAGCAGUUUGCUGAAAUGUACUCAGAAAAGUUUAAAAUUGAUGUAGUCAAAUUAAUGAACAGGUUAAACGGCCAACUGAAACUAUUGUGGGGUGAAAAUUUUUACAACAUGAAAGACAAGAAAUGGGCUAAACAAAAAGAUGAAAAUAACAAGCGUUCUUUUGUCUUGUACAUUCUUGAUCCUAUUUACAAGAUGUUUGAUUCUAUAAUGAAUUAUAAAAAAGAAGAAUGUGCAACUCUUUUGCAAAAAUUGAAUAUCGAGUUAAAACAUGAAGACAAGGACAAGGACGGAAAAGCUUUGUUAAAGGUUGUAAUGAGAGCUUGGCUCCCAGCUGGAGAAGCUUUGCUUCAAAUGAUAGCCAUUCACUUACCUUCCCCAGUCGUCGCUCAAAAGUACAGAAUGGAAAUGUUGUAUGAAGGACCACAUGAUGAUGAAGCUGCUAUUGGAAUUAAGAAUUGCGAUCCUAAUGCUGCUUUGAUGAUGUACGUUUCUAAAAUGGUGCCUACAUCUGAUAAAGGAAGAUUUUAUGCUUUCGGUCGUGUCUUCGCUGGUAAAGUUUCCACUGGAAUGAAAGCUAGAAUUAUGGGUCCUAAUUACACUCCCGGCAAAAAAGAAGAUUUGUACGAAAAAGCUAUUCAACGAACAAUUUUGAUGAUGGGUCGUUAUGUCGAAGCCAUUGAAGAUGUACCAUGUGGAAAUAUUUGUGGUUUAGUUGGAGUAGAUCAAUUUUUGGUUAAAACUGGAACAAUUACAACUUUCAAGGACGCUCACAACAUGCGGGUCAUGAAGUUUAGCGUUUCGCCUGUAGUGCGCGUGGCAGUUGAACCGAAAAAUCCUGCCGAUUUACCCAAAUUGGUCGAAGGUUUGAAACGUCUGUCUAAAUCUGAUCCUAUGGUUCAGUGUAUUAUUGAAGAAUCCGGAGAACACAUCGUUGCUGGAGCUGGUGAAUUGCAUUUGGAAAUUUGUCUAAAAGAUUUGGAAGAAGACCAUGCUUGCAUCCCGAUCAAAAAGUCAGAUCCAGUUGUAUCUUAUCGUGAAACAGUUUCGGAAGAAUCCGAUCAAAUGUGUUUAUCGAAAUCUCCAAAUAAACACAAUCGUUUAUUCAUGAAGGCUCAACCAAUGCCAGACGAACCUCUAUCUUUAUGUUCAAUUGGAGAAGUCAAUCCUCGAGAUGAUUUUAAAGUUCGUGCUAGAUACUUGGGUGAAAAAUACGAUUACGAUGUUACAGAAGCUCGUAAGAUUUGGGCUUUUGGGCCAGACGGUAAUGGACCAAACUUGUUGCUUGAUUGUACUAAGGGAGUUCAAUAUUUAAACGAAAUCAAGGAUUCAGUUGGUGUUUUAUCGGAAGAAAAUUUAAGAGGUGUUAGAUUUAACAUUUACGAUGUUACACUUCACACGGAUGCUAUCCACAGAGGAGGUGGUCAAAUUAUUCCUACGACUAGACGUUGUCUUUAUGCUUGCUUAUUAACUGCACAACCUCGUAUUAUGGAACCUGUAUACCUUUGUGAAAUUCAGUGCCCUGAAGUGGCUGUAGGAGGUAUUUACGGUGUGCUCAACAGAAGAAGAGGUCACGUAUUUGAAGAACAACAAGUAGCAGGUACCCCAAUGUUUGUGGUCAAAGCUUACCUCCCUGUCAAUGAGUCGUUUGGUUUCACAGCUGAUUUGAGAAGUAAUACAGGAGGACAAGCUUUCCCACAAUGUGUAUUUGAUCACUGGCAAAUUUUACCAGGUGAUCCAUUGGAUGGUGGAUCAAAACCUUACAACGUUGUCCAAGAAACAAGAAAACGAAAGGGGCUUAAAGAAGGCUUACCAGAUUUGACACAAUAUUUGGAUAAAUUGUAA